UGACAAGACAGGAAGGAAAAGAAUAGGGUUUAAGUGUGCGUUUCGUUUCUUUCUCAAUUCCCAGUCUUAAUUUUUUUCACGCUGCUCUGGCGCGUAACAACACUCUCUCCGCCAUCUUCAAGACCUGCCGGAGCAGCUUGUUCGCUUCCACCUCCGCUUCAUCGUUUCCCCGGCCCGUCCACCUGCGUUCAAUCUCCGCCGCCAUGUCAGGAGUCGAAGAGAAGGCUGAGACUCCUGAACGCAAGAAGAAGAAUGAAGAAAAGGCUAAGGAGAAGGAACUAAAGAAGCAAAAGGCUGCCGAGAAGGAGGCUGCUCGUAAGCUGGCGGCACAAGAAGGACCCGAUGCUGCUAAAAAGAGUGCUGCUAAGAAGGCUGCAAAGCGAAAUGCUGGCGGCGACGAGAACCCGGAGGAUUUUGUCGACCCGGAGACGAAUCCUGGUGAGAAGAAAAAGCUUUCUGCUAAAAUGGCAAAACAGUAUAACCCGACUGCAGUUGAGAAAUCAUGGUAUCCUUGGUGGGAAAAAGAGGGCUACUUUGUGGCGGAUGCUAAGAGCACCAAACCGCCAUUUGUCAUCGUUCUUCCACCUCCAAAUGUAACUGGGGCCCUACACAUUGGCCAUGCACUUACUGCUGCCAUAGAGGUUGACUUAUGUUUGUCAUAUUUGUUUCUUGAUCUAAUCAUUCGCUGGAAGAGAAUGUCCGGUUAUAAUGCCUUAUGGGUGCCUGGUGUGGACCAUGCUGGGAUAGCUACACAGGUUGUUGUAGAGAAGAAGUUAAUGCGUGAACGCCAUCUAACUAGGCAUGAUAUUGGUCGUGAGCAAUUUGUAGCUGAGGUUUGGAAAUGGAAGGAGGAAUAUGGUGGUACAAUACUGAGACAGUUGCGAAGGUUGGGUGCUUCUCUUGACUGGUCCCGUGAGUGUUUCACAAUGGAUGAGAAAAGAUCAAGGGCUAUCACAGAGGAGUUUGUUAGGUUAUACGAAGAAGGUCUUAUCUAUAGGGAUCUUCGGCUAGUGAACUGGGAUUGCACGUUGCGAACAGCAAUAUCUGAUAUUGAGGUAGAUUAUAUGGACAUCAAGGAAAGAACAAAGUUGAAGGUCCCAGGUUAUGAAAAAGAGGCUGAAUUUGGUUUAUUGACCUUAUUUGCUUAUCCAUUGGAGGGAGAGCUAGGUGAAAUAGUAGUUGCCACUACCAGGGUGGAAACAAUGCUUGGUGACACUGCUAUUGCUAUUCAUCCCGACGACAAGAGAUACAUCCAUCUGCAUGGAAAAUUUGCAGUACAUCCAUUUAAUGGAAGAAAGAUUCCUAUAAUAUGUGAUAAAGAAAUUGUAGAUCCCACUUUCGGGACUGGUGCUGUAAAGAUUACUCCAGCCCAUGAUCCCAAUGAUUUUAAGGUUGGGAAGGCCCAUAAUCUAGAAUUUAUAAAUAUAUUUACGGAUGAUGGUAAGAUCAACAGCAACGGGGGUUCAGAGUUUACUGGGAUGCCACGGUUCAAGGCCCGUGAAGCAGUGACUAAUGCCUUGCGAGAGAAGGGAUUGUACAGAGGUGCCAAAAAUAAUGAGAUGCGUCUUGGCCUCUGUUCAAGAAGUAAUGAUGUUGUUGAGCCAAUGAUAAAGCCUCAAUGGUUUGUUAACUGUGCUAGUAUGGCUAAGCAGGCCCUUGAUGCAGCAACAGAGGGUGAAACUCCAAAGCUUCAGUUUAUUCCAAAACAAUAUUUGGCUGAAUGGAAAAGAUGGCUUGAAAACAUUCGCGAUUGGUGCAUCUCAAGGCAGCUUUGGUGGGGUCAUCGUAUUCCUGCAUGGUAUGUUACUCUUGAAGACGAUGAAAUGAAAGAACUUGGUGCCUAUAAUGACCACUGGGUGGUUGGAAGAAAUGAGGAUGAAGCUUUGGAACUGGCUAAGAAAAGAUUUGCUGGCAAGAAGUUCAGGAUGAAUCAAGAUCCUGAUGUGCUGGAUACAUGGUUCUCGUCCGGAUUGUUCCCACUGUCUGUUUUAGGAUGGCCUGACGAGACAGACGACUUGAAAGCAUUUUAUCCUACUUCAGUUCUUGAAACUGGGCAUGACAUUUUGUUCUUUUGGGUUGCACGGAUGGUGAUGCUAGGCAUGAAACUAGGAGGUGACUUACCUUUCUCUAAGGUGUACUUGCAUCCUAUGAUUCGUGAUGCACAUGGCCGCAAGAUGUCCAAAUCUCUUGGAAAUGUUGUUGACCCACUGGAAGUAAUAAAUGGGAUAAGCCUUCAGGGACUUCACAAGAGACUUGAGGAGGGGAACUUGGAUCAAAACGUGCUGGCCACUGCCAAAGAGGGCCAGAAGAAAGAUUUCCCUGAUGGUAUUUCUGAAUGUGGUGCAGAUGCAUUACGCUUUGCGCUUGUUUCAUACACAGCUCAGUCCGAUAAGAUAAAUUUGGACAUUCAGAGAGUGGUUGGAUAUCGUCAGUGGUGCAAUAAGCUUUGGAAUGCUGUUAGAUUUGCAAUGGGCAAACUUGAUGCAGAUUACACCCCACCUUUAACUAUAGCUUACGAGACCUUGCCCUUUAGCUGCAAGUGGAUUCUCACAGUCCUUAACAAGGCGAUAUCAAAAACUGUGACUGCAAUGGAUGCAUAUGAGUUUUCUGAUGCUUCCAGCGAAGUCUUUUCAUGGUGGCAGUAUGAGUUCUGUGAUGUUUUCAUUGAAGCAAUUAAACCUUACUUUGCUGGCAACAGUUCAUCAUUUACCUUGGAACGAAGUGCGGCACAGGACACUCUCUGGGUAUGCUUGGACAAUGGCUUGCGGCUACUGCAUCCAUUUAUGCCAUUCGUUACUGAAGAAUUGUGGCAACGCCUUCCUUCAGCUAGCAGCCAUGCAAAGAAAGACUCCAUUAUGGUAGCAGACUACCCAUCACCAGUAGAGGUUUGGAACAAUAUAUUGGUGGAAAAUGAAAUGGAGCUAGCUCAAUCAACUUGGAAAAGUCUAAGAUCGCUACGAGUUGCGGUGCUUGGAAAGCAAACAAAUGACAGGCAAGACUUUGUUGUUUCAAAUAAUUCACGCAUCCAUUCUCUUUCGCUAUUACCAGCUUUUGCAUUUUGCCAAAGUGAAGCAGUUGCAGCAAUUAUUAGAGGCCGUGAGUUGGAGAUUUUAACCCUUGGAAGCUUAUCAUCCUUAAAGGUCCUAGUGAGCGGGAUAGAUGCUCCUCCCGCUGGAUGUGCUUUCGAGACUGUCAAUGAGAACCUUAAAGUGUAUCUCAAGGCAGAAGGGAAGGUUGAUGUAGCAGCAGAGCGCAAGAAGAUCAGAAGUAAAAUCGAUGAAAUACAGAAGCAACAGGAGAAACUGGAGAAGAACAUGAGCACCACCGGGUACAAGGAGAAAGUACCGCGUCAUAAACAGGACGAGGAUACUGAGAAGCUGAAUAAGCUCAUUCAGCAGUUGGAAUUCUUAAAGCUAGAUAGUGCACGAUUAGAAGCUGAGAAUGGUGCUCCAAGGCAGUAAACACAACAAAUGUAGCAGAAAGCCCCUAUUGCCAUUGUUAUUAACUUGGAAUUCAAUGCAUACAGGCUGACGAACGAGCCAGUUCCGUAUUCUUUUGGUUCUCUCCCAAAAUUGUUUUGAUGAUCUUGCCUUGCCUAAUUUAUUCGGUCACGAGUUUCAUUUCUGAGAAUAUUUUUGUAGUAGGUUUGAGUCUGAUGUAAUCCUUACUAUGCAAUUCAAUACAUGGAUUUAGAAUUUGGUUCUCUCUGCUGCUGUUGGAUCAAUGGGCGGGUCGUCUAAGAUCGACCUGGAGGUUAAAAAUUGAAAAUGUCAAGCUCAGGAGCGU